AGGCGGCGCUCUGGGAGGCGCAACGGAGCGGUGGAAAUGGAUUUUUUGUAUCUUGUCAAUGAAGGGACGGGUAGGGGCGGGUCGCGUCUCACGCGCAGGACUACGCAGUCAGUGGUUGCAGCUCGACUUUGUUUCUCACAACGUGCACAUUAUAUAAAACCGCGGGAGUGUGUAAAGCAAAAUAUGAAUUACGAUAAUUGUGAAAUUAAAUCUGUGCCGAUUAAACGUGAAGAAGAUCUCGAAUAUCCUGAGGACGAGGAGUACUACAGAUAUGCGCCGGUGGAGGUGGAAAGGCACACGGACGCACAUUUCGCACCAUCCUCGCCGCCACAACUCAUCGAUCUGAGCAACGGACCCGAAAGGACAAUGCAAGUAUUGCAACCGUGGCCUAUGAAUAUGUCGUUCGAUAACGAAGACCGUGACUACCAGCAGAAUUCUUUCCAGCCGUACGAACAACAGUAUCAAAGACAAUUUUCUAGAAAUUUUUACUUUGACGACUCUAACUCACAGGACGAGAAAAUUUUUUACGACAACAACGAGGCACCAAAAAUGAUGGACACAUAUCACGCAUCAUCAAAAGAGCGAAGUAUAGAAACCGAAGAACAAAGGAGGAAGAAGCGCACAAAGUCAGCGAGGAAAAAAACUCAGUCAUUUGAAGAGAUGCAAGUUCAGCGAAUGAUGGCUAACGUGAGGGAGAGGCAGCGGACGCAGAGUUUAAACGAGGCGUUUGCUAGUCUCAGACAAAUAAUUCCCUCUUUGCCGAGUGACAAACUAUCAAAAAUACAAACAUUGCAGCUGGCAACUCAGUAUAUAGAAUUUUUAUAUCAGAUACUAGCCAAUAGCGAAACGGCAUCUAGCAGUGACAACAGCAGCGACGCCGACAGCGACCAUGGCAAGUAUCUAGCACAAGAUAAAUUAAGUUAUGCCUUUUCGGUAUGGAGAAUGGAGGGCGAGUGGAAUGGACAAACGUGAUAGGUAAUUAAGUAUAAAUAAAUUCUUACCGAAAAAAAGUCUUAUCUUAUGACUUAAUUAUUUUCGAAGACGUGACAAUUAUAGUGUCUACACUUAUUCUGUGAAGUGAUAAUUUAUAUAUUAAAAAUAGAGCAACAUUGUGAUAGUUAAUAAUUAUUAAGGACUUAUUAAGACUUCGAAACAAAAUGAUAUGUAAAUAAUAAGUAUUCUAGAUUAUCUAAGCUGAUAAAGUUACCUAGGUAGUAGGUAAUAUAUGUAUUAUUUUUACUAAAUAAUUAACAAUUUUCUUUCAUAAUUAAUAAAAUACAACAUAAUAUACAAAAUAAAUAAUUAACAAGUGUCUUUUAGCGAAAUAAUAGUUAUAAUUUCAUCUUCUGUGAAAUAAUAGGCAAAAAGCAUGUUUCUGUAACACAUACAACCUUAGAGAUAAGACGAGGCUAUAACAGUUAAAAUUUGUGGUAAUCUGUAUUCCUAAAAUUUUUCAAUAUAUCACUAUUUUCAAAACUGGCUACCUAUUUUAUUUGCCAAAUAUAUCACAAUGCCAAUUUGUAGCUGUGAAAAUGGAAUAUUAACCCCGCCUGCGUUGUCAUUAUUAUUCUGGCGGAGCACCAGAUAGGAAAGGAUGAAGGCAGGUCAGUCGGCCCAUCGUGAAGAAUUCAAUAAAAAUUAACUACAAUGGUUUCCAGGAGAAACCGCGUGGAGGUUGACCUGAUAGGGUAUACUGCUAGCAAUGAGGCAAUUAGAACCCAUUACUUACAAUUCCUUCCCUUCCCCCCUGUUGUUAAAUGUUGGCAAUGUAUUAUUUAGAAAAAAUAUAUGAUAUUUUCUCUUAUUCUAAAAAAAAAAUAUUUUCUAUCAUAUUUACUGAUCAUGUCUCACGGGGCACCAUGCUCGCUUGGCACGCCGUGGCCCCGGCGUGCCUCGCCAAGCGAGCACACGGUCGUUUUCUUGCAUCCUUUUCUUGAAGCGACUUACGGCAUAUUUGGACCCCCCCCCAACAUCAUUGUAGAUAAAGCAAGAAGUUUGAAUUUAAGUGAUCAAGAGAGCAUAUUAUAUAGCCAAUAUUGAUACAAAUUUUAAAUUUUAGUUAACAUUUAGCCAAUAAAGGAAAAAAAUAAUGAAAAAUCCCAAAAUUUCAUCAUUCAUUAAUAUAGAAUAGCGUUUUUAAUAAAUAAUGUUUAUUAAAAAUUAUGUUCAUUCAUUUAAAUAACGCAUCAUGCUUACUUACUUAGGGACUAGGGACUAGAUAUUAUUACCCGGAAAAAUUAGGC